AGUUAAGCUCUAUAAGUUGACUCACCAUUCUUGUUUUGCUCAUUCUAGGUUUCUCCUAAAACCUAAAACUUUUCAAAUUUUCCGGUCUAGAUUCUUUGUGCCAAGCAUGGGUACUGGAUAUGGAGCCUGUUUAGCUGCACUGUGUUUGUUGCUUUUUUUAUCCCCUUUGGUGUUUUCGGUAUCAAAUGAUGGACUGGUCAGAGUUGGAAUUAAGAAGAGGAAGUUGGAUCAGACCAACCAAGUUUUUGGGGGCAUUGAUUCUAAUGGAGUGCAUUCUGCAAGAAAGUACCGUCUUGGUGGAAAUGUAGGAGAUUCAGACACUGAUAUUAUUGCACUAAAGAACUACUUGGAUGCUCAGUACUUUGGUGAGAUUAGCAUUGGCUCACCACCUCAAAAGUUCACUGUCAUCUUUGAUACUGGAAGUUCUAAUCUUUGGGUGCCCUCCGCAAAAUGUCAUUUUUCACUUGCUUGUUAUCUCCACCCGAAAUACAAGUCAGGUCACUCCAGUACCUACAAAAAGAAUGGGACAUCUGCUGCAAUCCACUAUGGAACUGGAUCUAUUUCUGGAUAUUUUAGCAAUGACAAUGUCAAAGUUGGCGAUCUUGUUGUCAAAGAUCAAGACUUUAUUGAGGCAACUCGAGAACCAGGCAUCACCUUUUUGGCAGCCAAAUUUGAUGGUAUUCUUGGACUUGGAUUUCAAGAGAUAUCUGUAGGGAAAGCUGUCCCUGUCUGGUACAAUAUGGUAAAUCAAGGUCUUGUAAAACAAUCUGUCUUCUCAUUCUGGUUCAAUCGGAAUGCUGAAGAGGAGGAAGGAGGUGAACUUGUUUUCGGUGGAGUUGAUCCCAAACAUUUCAAGGGUGAACAUACAUAUGUUCCUGUAACUCACAAAGGCUACUGGCAGUUUGAUAUGGGUGACGUGCUUGUCGAUGGUGAAACAACUGGAUUUUGUUCUGGUGGUUGUUCAGCAAUUGCAGACUCUGGAACAUCCUUAUUGGCAGGACCAACAACCAUUAUUACUCAAAUUAAUCAUGCUAUUGGAGCGUCAGGAGUCGUCAGCCAGGAGUGCAAGUCAGUAGUCAGUGAAUAUGGAAAAACUAUACUGGAUCUACUCGAAUCAAAGGCAGCGCCUCAGCAGAUCUGCUCCCAAAUCGGUUUAUGCUCCAAAGAUGGUGGACGAGAUGUUAGCAUGAUUAUUGAGAGUGUGGUGGACAAACACAAUGAGGCUUCGAAUGGCGUGCAUGAUGAGAUGUGCAGGGUUUGUGAGAUGGCUGUGGUGUGGAUGCAAAACCAAAUAAGGCGAAAUGAAACUGCAGAUAGAAUCUUUGACUAUAUGAAUAAGCUUUGCGACCGAUUGCCCAGUCCAAUGGGAGAAUCUGCAGUUAAUUGCAACAGCCUUGCUUCCAUGCCUAAUGUUUCCUUUACCGUUGGUGAUAAAACAUUUGAGCUGACGCCGCAGCAGUAUGUCCUUAAAGUUGGUGAGGCUCCUGUUACGCAGUGCAUAAGUGGAUUCACAGCAUUAGAUGUGCCGCCUCCUCGUGGACCCCUUUGGAUCUUGGGAGAUGUUUUCAUGGGUCGCUACCACACAGUGUUUGAUUCCGAGAAAAUGAGAGUUGGGUUCGCGGAAGCAGCUUAAAUGCCUCUGUUUAUUUCUGUGUUAUGCCCUCUAAGUAUCACGUUGUCUUUUGAACGAGAAAAUUGUCUGCGCGUGUAAAUAAAUAACUGAUGCUUGAAUCUGUUUGCUGGUUUUUUUAAAA